AGUAUGGCAAUUAAUAAGAUUUUAUUACUUUUGGUAUAUUGUGAGUUAAAAUUAAUAUGGUCACAAGUAGUUAUACCAAAAUCAAUCAGAGAGUGUUACAGAAAUAAUGCUACAUUUGAUUCUCCACUUCCACUGAAUUUGCGUAUAAUAGUGGAUAUCAUACAGAAAAUGGAGAAGCAUUCAACAACAGAUAUGAGAAUAAUGUCAUCUUCAAUAUUACAUAGAUUCAAAUUUGAUGGUAUUGAAUAUCAAAAGAAUGUACAAGCUACAGAUAGUAUACUUCCAUUCAGUGGAACUGGAAUGCAACGUACUAAGCAUAGACUGAUAGAGGAACUCGUUCCAGGGAAUUUAGAUGCUUUACCAAUGCAUGUACUCUCUCAAGCAGAACGUUGUAUACUUCAUCAGGCUAUUUCGAAUACAAUUGUCAGACCUGACAAUGAAGACAAAUACAAACCAUGUGGUCAAUUUAUUCAAACAGAAAAAUUAACAGGUAAAAUUGUACUUACCAGUACAUGGAACUGUCCAAGACAACAAGGAGUGAUCUUAACACCAUAUGGUACUGUUGCUCCUGGGUCAGUUAUAGGAGCCAUUGCAGCAUCUCUCCAACAUCAAAAUGUUGCUGUAAAUCAUUUAGUUGCACGUUUGGAUAUACCUCCCCCAGAAACAAACUUUUCAAGUAUGUAUAACUUAGAGUACAAUGAAGAGGAAAUUGAUUUUGUUCUACCAAAAGCUCAAAUGAUUCAUAAACCAUCUAUGUGGUACCAAACUUUAAUAAAUUCACCUGUGAAACUUGACAAUGUUUGGCUAACCACAAUUGCAGGCGAAUUAGCUGAAAUGGUAGUAUAUCAAGGACCUCUGCUAGGAAAUAACAUGACCCUUGGUGCAACAGGAUUCUGGCAGAAUACAAUGCAACCAACAAUUUAUUAUCUCACAAGUUCAUAUGAAAAUUUCGAUGCAACACGUUCGGAAUUAAUAGGAGGCAUUGAUGGUAUGAUAAUUGCAAGUUACUUGCAGACUUGGAUUCAAGACUUUUAUAGUCUACGACUUAGUCAAAUUUUAGAAAUGUAUUAUUCUUAUGAAGGUGUUACUUUCAACACGAACGUAAAAGCUUGCGACCGAGCACAAACAUUUUUGUACGCAGUGCCGAAAACUAUUUUAAAUGAACAGACUUAUGCUAUAGCUCAAAUGCUGGGUUAUCGCAAUAGCAUUGCGUAUAUUUCUCCGGAAGCGUUGCAACGAAUGGUUGACGUUGCUAUUGAGAAAUUUUACGCCUAUGCAGAGAAUCAUCUGUUCCCUGAGUUACCUUGUCAGCAACAGACAGAUCGACCUCGAAUAGAAGCAUUGAUUGUUUUGGAUGGUGCAUGGUCAAUAGAUUAUACGAUAGAUUUCUUAGCGGUUUUGGUACAAGAUUUAGAUGUGUCAAUUUAUGGGUCAAAAAUGGGAAUAAUACAUGGUACUUCAGGAGAAUGGUUAUUAAAUGUUACUGACAGUCCAUCACUUGUGUUUCAAGCAUUAAACAAUUUUACUAAUAGUUCAUGGCCCACACAACUGAAUUAUACGCAAGUAUUAAAAACAGUGUCUACUCAUUUAAAUGAAACUUGGGAAUAUAAUCGAAAGCACCAUACAAUUGGAAAUCUUGGACAAGUAGUCAUACUACUAACUCCAUUGGGUUAUAUGUCAAAUAAUGAUAAACAGUUUGUAAUAACGUUACUGCGUCAAAUAAAAAACAAUCACCCGGAUGUUCACUUUGUAUAUUACGUAUCACGAUAUAACACUAAUUUAUUUACGUCGUAUAUUUUAUCACGUGAAGAUCAUAUAAUAAAAAAUUCUAAUAUUGAUUCUAUCACUCAGUAUGUGUCGACAAUUCCACGAGCAUUAAGGCCUGCAAAAUUUUCGAAUUUAAAUAGUUCAAAAACUUUAACUCCUCAAUUUGAAGAUUAUAUAACUCCCUCAAAAUCUAUUACAUAUAGAAUACAUUCAUAUUGGAAAAGGAAUAUGAAAAAGACAGUGAUAACAAUUCAUGCGUUCGGUUACGGUACGAUGAAAGCCUGUUUAUGGAUAGGAUUUGAACCUACUGAUAGACAAUACCUGCAAUGUGCAGAAUUAUCUGGUUAUAACGAACUUGCAUUAAUUGAUCACUACAAAUGUACCAAAGCUUCACCCUGUCCUAAUAUAUAUCUUAGUAUACAAAACGUAACUUCUUUAUAUAAAUGUGCUGAAAUGGAUUGUAAAACACCGGAUCAAGUAAGAUUUAUCAUAAGGACAAGUCCACAAAAUUCACGUUACGAUAAUUCCGCGGGUAAAAAUGUAAUGCUGGUCUCAUUGAAUAUUUUAGUCUUAUUUAUACUUCACGCAUUCAUGUGA